AUGCAAUUAUGCAAGGUAAAGGUAAAUACAGCAUUCCGUCAGCCUUUCGCUGUGUAUGUGCAUGCUUCUAGUGAAAUGGGAAGCAAAGGAGGAGGUGGUGGUGGCCUUUUCCGGUAUGCUGAUCGCCUGGACAGGUUACUUAUGUUCUUUGGUGCACUUGGAAGCAUAGGAGAUGGGAUAAUGACUCCACUUGUCUUGUGGGUUCUUAGCGGGCUGAUCAAUGAGUAUGGAGGUGGUGAUGUUUCCUUCUCCAAUAAAGUCGUGGACAAGUUUUCGCUCAGGCUGCUCUACGUUGGUAUUGGAGUUGGAAUUGCAGCUUUUAUUGAAGGUUUUUGUUGGACAAGAACUGCAGAGAGACAGACAUCUACAAUUCGCACAGAAUUCUUGAAAUCAGUCCUCAGGCAAGAAGUUGGUUUCUUUGACAACCAAGAUGCUUCAUCCACCACCUUUCAGGUUAUCUCAUCCAUAUCUACUGAUGCCCUCUCAAUACAAGAUGUCAUCGCUGAAAAGAUACCAAACUGCUUGGCUCGCUUUUCAGAGUUCAUAGCUGGCUCCUUAAUUGGCUUCCUUCUUUCAUGGCGACUCACACUGGCUUCUAUCCCGUUUGUUAUUGGAUUUGUCCUUCCAUCUGUGGAAUUUGGGAAGGUACUUAUGGACCUCCAGAUGAAAAUCAAGGAUGCUUAUGCGAUUGCAGGUAAUAUUGCAGAACAGGCAAUGUCAUCCAUCCGAACUGUUUAUUCCUAUGUGGGGGAACACCAUACACUUGAUGGGUUCAGGCAAGCGCUUCAGGAAAGUGUGAAGCUCGGAAUCAAGCUAGGUAUCAUCAAGGGUUUGAUGAUAGGAAGCAUCGGAACAAUGUUUGCUUCAUGGUCAUUUCUUGCAUGGGUAGGGAGUAUUCUUGUUAUCAACAAAGGAGAAAGCGGUCCGCGUGUUUUCAUGGCAAUUUGCUGUGUUACCCUCGCUGGCCUCGGCUGUAUGGGUGCUCUUCCUAAUCUAUCAUUCAUCUCAGAAGGAACUGCGGCAGCUGCACGAAUUUUCAAUAUGAUUGACCGUAUUCCUGAGAUAGACACUCAAAAUGUUAGAGGCAAAGUUGUCGCUUAUGUAAAAGGACAUAUUGAGUUUAAAGAGGUUGAUUUUCGAUAUCCAUCUAGGCCAAACACCCCUGUUCUUCAGGGAUUAAGCUUCAAAGUAAAGGCAGGCAAAACAGUUGGCCUUGUAGGAGGCAGUGGUUCUGGAAAAUCCACAAUCAUAUCUUUGCUUGAAAGAUUUUAUGACCCAAUCAAAGGAGAUAUUUUACUUGAUGGAUACAAAAUAAAGAGACUUCAGCUAAAUUGGUUGAGAUCUCAGAUAGGAUUAGUGAAUCAGGAGCCAAUUCUGUUUGCAACAUCAAUUAAAGAAAACAUCCUGUUUGGAAAGGAGGGAGCUGCAAUGGAAAUGGUGAUAAAUGCUUCCAAGGCAGCAAAUGCUCAUGACUUCAUUUCCAAAUUGCCAAAUGGAUAUGAAACUCAAGUUGGGCAGUCUGGGGUCCAGCUUUCUGGAGGGCAAAAGCAAAGAAUCGCUAUUGCAAGGGCUUUACUGAAAGAUCCGAAAAUCCUGUUGCUUGAUGAAGCAACCAGUGCUUUAGAUGCAGAGUCUGAAAGAAUAGUUCAGGAGGCCCUUGACGAAGCUUCAUUAGGAAGGACAACAAUCAUUAUUGCUCAUCGACUUGCCACAAUUCGUAAAGCUGAUAAGAUAGUGGUUCUCCAAUCAGGCAGAGUUGUUGAAUCAGGUUCACAUGAAGAACUAAUGCAAAAUGACCACGAAGAAGGUGGGGUUUACUUCAAAAUGGUGCAAAUGCAGCAGUCAAUAAAAUCAGAUGAAAAUAUCAGCAGCCCUUAUCGUGCAACAGAGAGAUGGAACAAUAGAAGAGCUACUUAUGCCUUGACUCCCAAAUCUCCUUACACUGCAGGAUCAAGCUGGCAAAACAGCCCCGCUUCUCCUUUCAGUCCAGCAUUACCAAUGAGUCCGACGCCCUCAAUUCAAAUGUACUCCUACAAUGCAAGUGAUAAUGAGGGUGGUGAUUAUCCUGCUUAUCCUAGUCCUCUGCAGUGGCGAUUGUUUAAACUGAAUACUCCAGAGUGGAAAAGAGCUUUGCUUGGCUGCAUAGGAGCUGCAGGAUUUGGUGCAGUUCAUCCUAUUCAUGCCUAUUGCUUGGGGUCAAUUGUUUCAGUGUACUUUCUGGACGACAGGUCAAGAUUAAAGUCGGAGACCAGAUUUUACUGCAUCAUAUUUCUGAUCCUUGGCAUUGUCACUUUCUUCGCGAAUUUACUUCAACAUUAUAAUUUUGCAAUUAUGGGAGAACGCGUAAUAAAAAGGGUGCGAGAGGAAAUCCUCCGAGCUGUGCUUACAUUUGAAAUUGGUUGGUUUGAUCAAGAUGAGAACACUAGUGCAGCAAUUUGUGCACGGCUAGCCACUGAGGCCAACAUGGUUAGAUCCCUUGUUGGGGAUCGGAUAGCAUUACUGGUUCAGGUUUUUGCAGGUGCUUCACUUGCCUUUGCCCUUGGAUUGAUCCUCACUUGGAGAGUUGCAUUAGUGAUGAUAGCAAUGCAGCCUUUAAUUAUUGCAAGCUUCUAUUCAAGGAGUGUUUUGAUGAAAAAUACGUCUGAAAGUGGUCAGAAAGCACAAAAUGAAGGAAGCCAACUUGCGAGUGAGGCUGUGGUCAACCACAAGACCAUCACAGCCUUCUCUUCUCAAGAUAGAAUUCUGAGCCUAUUUAUAGCCACACUAAAAGGCCCCAGAAAAGAGAGCAUUAAACAAUCUUGGGUUUCUGCUGUAGCCUUAUUCAUCUCCCAAUUUUUAUCUGUAGCUACCAUGGCCAUGACAUAUUGGUAUGGAGGCAGGCUUAUGAACCAAGGCUUGGUCACCUCAAAGCAUCUAUUUCAAGCAUUCUUCAUCUUAAUGAGCACAGGUAAGAGUAUUGCAGAUGCCGGAAGCAUGACUGCAGAUAUAGCAAGGGGUGGCAAUGCAAUCAGACGUGUCUUUGCAAUUUUAGACAGAAAAAGUGAGAUUGAGCCAGAAGAUCCUCAAGGGGUCAAGGCCGGAGGAACACUGAAUGCCAAAAUAGAGCUAAAACAUGUUUCCUUCUCCUACCCAUCCAGACCUGAGCAAAUGAUUUUUCAAAACCUGAGCCUCAAAAUUGAACCUGGAAAGACAGUGGCACUAGUUGGACAAAGUGGUACAGGCAAAUCCACGAUCAUUGGGCUCAUAGAAAGAUUCUAUGAUCCAAUAAAAGGAUCGGUGCUAAUAGAUGAUCGUGAUAUCAAAACUUAUCACUUAAGAAGCCUGAGAUCACACAUUGCACUAGUGAGUCAGGAACCCACCUUAUUUGCUGCAACCAUCCGCGAAAACAUUGUUUAUGGCAAGGAGGAUGCAACGGAAGCUGAGAUCAGGAGAGCUGCAAUGCUGGCUAAUGCUGAUGAAUUUGUCAGCUCUAUGAAAGAUGGGUACGAGACAUACUGUGGAGAAAGAGGAGUUCAGCUAUCGGGAGGACAAAAGCAGAGGAUAGCACUGGCUCGAGCAAUUCUGAAAAAUCCAGCAAUCCUGCUCCUGGAUGAGGCAACCAGUGCGCUGGACAGUGUGUCAGAGAAUUUAGUCCAAGAAGCAUUGGAGAAAAUGAUGGUUGGUAGAACCUGUGUAAUCGUAGCCCAUCGGCUAUCCACAAUACAGAAGUCAGAUUUCAUAGCUGUGUUAAAGAAUGGAGAAGUGGUGGAGCAAGGAUCACAUUUUGAUUUACUUGCUGUUGGACACCGGGGGGCUUAUCAUUCCCUGAUGAAGUUACAACAUGGCCAAUCUCCUUACAGGCAGUGA